CCCCAACUGAGAAAAUAGAAACAGAAAACCUUCCAAAACCCAGCAGCUACACAUCGACUUUCAUCUCUCUUCCCCUCUGUGUGCGCGUGAAACUAGACACAGAAAAAUGGAGAAAGCUAAGAACAGUAAGAACUCUUCAGCCAUGUCUCUGCAGCAGUUCGUCUCCAUCAUGGCCCCUUUAAUCGAUAUGGAAAAGGAAGCUGAGAUAUCAGCUUCCAUGACGUCAGGUGCAACAAGGAAUUUGGAUACUGCUCAGAAGAAGGGCUCCACCAUUCUUAAUUUGAAGUGUGUAGAUGCUCAGACAGGAUUAAUGGGUAAAACUCUUCUUGAGUUUCAGUCCAACAAAGGCGAUGUUCUUCCCGCACACAAGUUUGGAACUCAUGACGUUGUUGUUUUAAAACCAAACAAGGCUGAUCUAGGCUCCCCUCCGCUUGGUCAAGGCGUGGUUUACCGUCUGAAGGAUACAUCAAUUACUAUCGCUUUUGAUGAUAUCCCGGAGGAUGGUUUAAAUAGUCCUUUACGUCUUGAGAAACUGGCCAAUGAGGUGACAUACCGUAGGAUGAAGGACACGUUGAUUCAACUAAGUAAAGGAGUUCUGAAGGGUCCUGCUGCUGAUUUAGUUCCUGUGUUAUUUGGAGAGCGACUGCCAACAAUGUCAAAGAAGGAUGUUUCUUUCUCCCCAUUUAACCCCAACCUUGAUCACUCUCAGAAAUCAGCUUCAUAUAUGGAGUUAAUAUUUCCAUAUGUGCAUGCCUAUGUGGAUGCCAUAUCAAAGGCCCUGUCAUCGAAGAACAUUUUUUUGCUGCAUGGGCCUCCUGGAACUGGAAAGACCACGACAGUGGUGGAAAUUAUCCUUCAAGAAGUGAAACGAGGAUCAAAGAUUCUUGCUUGUGCUGCUUCAAAUAUUGCUGUUGACAACAUUGUUGAGCGACUCGUUCCUCACAGAGUGAAGUUGGUGAGAGUGGGGCAUCCAGCACGUUUGCUACCUCAAGUCUUGGAUAGUGCUCUUGAUGCGCAGGUUCUACGUGGGGAUAAUAGUGCUCUUGCAAACGACAUCCGCAAGGAAAUGAAGGCUUUGAAUGGGAAGCUUUUAAAGACAAAAGACAGAAACACAAAGAGGGACAUAAGGAAAGAGCUCAAGUCUCUAUCCAAAGAAGAGCGUAAAAGACAGAUGCUAGCUGUGGCAGAUGUAAUCAAAAGUGCAGAUGUGGUGUUGACAACAUUGACUGGUGCAGUGUCCCGAAAAUUGGAGGGUACGACGUUUGAUUUGGUGAUCAUUGAUGAAGCUGCUCAGGCGCUGGAGAUAGCAUGCUGGAUAGCUCUACUAAAGGGCUCAAGAUGUAUACUCGCUGGAGACCACCUCCAGCUUCCUCCAACCAUUCAGAGCACAGAAGCUGAGAAGAAGGGCUUAGGGAUAACCCUUUUUGAACGCUUAACAGACUUGUAUGGGGAUGAAGUCACGUCUAUGCUCACUGUUCAGUACCGCAUGCAUGAGCUCAUAAUGAACUGGUCAUCUAAAGAGCUUUACAAUGAUAAGGUAAAAGCUUAUCCAAGUGUUGCUGCACAUAUGCUGCCUGACCUUGAGGGUGUAACGAAGACAUCUUCGACGGAACCAACUCUAAUUCUUAUAGACAUAGCUGGAUGCGACAUGGAAGAGAAGAAAGAUGAGGAAGACAGCACAAUGAACGAGGGUGAAGCUGGUGUUGCUAUUGCCCAUGCAAAGAGACUUGUCGAGAGUGGAGUCCAAGCUUCUGAUAUUGGAAUCAUUACUCCUUAUGCAGCGCAGGUUGUCUUGCUGAAGAUGAUGAGAAGCAAGGAAGGCAAGCUAAAAGAUGUGGAGAUAUCAACUGUAGACGGCUUCCAAGGUCGGGAAAAGGAAGCCAUUAUCAUUUCAAUGGUCCGAUCAAACUCAAAGAAAGAGGUGGGGUUUCUGAGUGAUCGGAGGCGAAUGAAUGUUGCUGUGACGCGAGCACGGAGGCAGUGUUGUCUUGUUUGUGACACUGAAACAGUGACCGGCGAUAAGUUCUUGAAGCGUUUGAUCGAGUAUUUUGAGGAGCAUGGUGAGUAUUUGAGUGCUUCCGAGUAUGGAAAUGAAUAAUGUGGAACAAAAAAAAUUCCUGUGACAUUGGAAACAAUUCCUACGUCAGCCGUUUUAUUAAAUUUGGAUCUGAAGUUAAUUGGUUCACAUUUACAAACAAUUCCUACA